UCCAAUAUAUUUUUGCACGAACCGCAGGAACCUGUCGAACACAAUUUUUCGCUGUCAAUAAUAAUGAUCUGAUAAGCAUAAACAAAAUGCUUGUGUGUUCAGUGUUGCACUUGAUGUUUUGUUUGUAAUUUCCAUUUUAAGUUUUCGCUAUUCGCGAAGCAGUGUCCGGCACAGCCCCGACGUUUAAUCAUUUUACGACCAACGAAAGAAAAGAUGGAAGACCCAACAUUCGAAUCGACUAUGGUCAACAUAAGUACCGACGAGCAUAAAAGACCAUUUCAGUGUGCAGUCUGUGCUGUUCGUUUCGGCUCACAAGAAAAUCUGGAUUCACACAAGAUAAUCCAUCAGUCAGAUGGAGUACUGAAAUGUUACAUCUGCAAGAAACGUUUCGAGACGGUGUCAGCGCUGACGGCUCACAAUGUGGUGCAUUCGAAUAAAAAGUUCAAAUGUCAGCUAUGCGAUGUUUGGUUCAAAACUAGUGGGAAUAUGAAGGAGCACAUGAAAGUGCACAAAGGACUGGUGUUCAAAUGUUCAUAUUGCGGAAAGGAUUUCAAUAAAAUUGGAAACUUACGACUGCAUGAAAAGAGACACACCAAGUCGUUGAAACAGUAUCACUGUGAUCUGUGUCCAAGAAUUUUCUCUCAGAAAUGCUUGCUCAAGUACCAUAUGAGGACUCACAACGGUGAUCGACCCUUUAAAUGCUCGGCAUGUGAUUCUGCAUUUGCUGACAAAAGCAAUUUGAGGAAACAUUUCAGAAUUCACUCGGGUGAGAAGCCAUUUCAAUGCGACCUGUGCGAUAAGACUUUCAAUCAGAAGAGUUCACUAACAUGCCACAAGAGAACCCAUGUCACUUUCAAGCCCCAUGAAUGCCAACACUGCGGGAAACGAUUCGGUUUGAAUGAGGAAUUGAUUGUACAUUUGAGAGUACACGGCGAGAAUAGAAAGUUUCGGUGCAGCAUCUGUGAUGAUGAGUUCGUGGAACAUUGCUACUUGAAGUCUCACAUGCGGAUCCACGAUUUGAAAACAGCUGGCAAUAAAUCGGUGCAGGUGUUUAGAACAGCUGAUAUCGACCCGGACGAACCGACUUGUCUCGUAUCGGUCAAUGGUGAUGAAAAUAUGUUGGAAAGCAUUGUCUUGAAGAAGAGGCAACAGCACAAUAAACGGCCAUCACCACCAAAAUCGUCGGAAGUACCAUCAAUGAAACGAUCGACAACCAGAACUAAACGGCGCCCAGUCAAAGAAAUGACAAUCGAUGACAGUCAAAAGAAAAGCUCCAAUGAAGACACUACAUUAGACGACGUCACAGACUCUGUGUCUCGGUGUGAAUUUUAUGAAAUUUCCCCAUUGCUGGACAACGAUGUUAAAACUGAAAUCAAAGAAGAGCUCAACGGUAUUGAUGACACAACCGCCAGCAUUCCGUUUAUCAGUGUUUCGAUCAAAGUGGAGCCCGGCGAUUUGAUGUUCACCGACCAAGACUACGAUGACUCUUCCAAUCAUUCCAAUUUCGAUGUGGCUGCUCAAUCUGCCACUUCUGAUUCAGAAGAUGAAAAGCCACUCAUCCAACGUAUUGAUGCGAAACAUAGUGGUAAAGCUAGAUCCAGCCACCGUACACGAAAGCCAAUGGAACAAUUCAAACAUAUCAUCGAAUCGGCGUUUCCUGUGGUCCUUGUCGAACGACUACAGUAUCCAGCAAUCACGUCAGCUAAAAUUAAAAGUGAGGAAAUUGUACCUAGCGUUCCGCUGAAUGAAAGCAUUGAUGCGACAGAAGACAAUGUCAAACAAACUCCGGCCACGAAAGAUCGAUCAUUGUUGAGCAGUGACGAAAGAUCGGCUCUGUAUAAGUGUUCCUAUUGCCCGAAAGAAUUGAAAACCUGGGCCAGCCUGAUAAUGCAUGAACAAAUCCAUCGCAACACGUUCGACUGUCCAACUUGUCACAGCAAGUGCUCCAAUAUACUCGAGCUAAUCAAACAUGCCAAAGAGAAUCCGAGUUGUUCGCGAAAAAAUGACAGCUCCUUCAAAUGUACGAUCUGCAAUAAUGGCAUCAGCUACCGGAACAAAACGUCUUUCGACUAUCAUAUGACCAAGCAUUCGGGCCUCCGACCAUUCGUAUGCGAUGUGUGCAGCAAAACGUUCCGUUCGAAAGAAACGCUCCGCCAACACAUGAACCGUCAUGACAAUUCCUACAAUUACAAUUGCGAAGUGUGUGGGCGAGGAUUUCCCAAUAAGAACUCUUUGCAGCAACAUCAACUGAGCCAUACCGACUCAAAGCCCUUCAAAUGUGACGUGUGCAACAACUACUUCAAAUCCCAAGGACGAUUGUACAAUCACAAGAAAAUCCACAUGAAACCGCAGUUCAGUUGCUGUUACUGUAGCCGUCAAUUUACGAUCGUGGGCAAUUUGAAGAUUCAUGAAAUGCGGCACAUGAAGAGCGAAUUGGUCGACAAAUUCAAAUGCGAAAUAUGCGACAAAGAAUUCCUUUUGAAGCACGACCUGAGAUACCAUAUGCGUAAACAUAACGGUGAAAGACCUUAUCCGUGCACCUUGUGUCCGUCACGAUUUGCCGACAUUAGCAACUUGCAUAAGCACAUAAAGAUACAUACCGGUGCCAAGCCAUACGUCUGCCACUGUGGAAAAUCGUAUAAUCAACAGAGUUCGUUGAACACACACAAAAAGACGCAUUUGGUGGCCACUCUGGUCGAGAAAUUUCUGUGCAACCACUGUCCGAAGAAAUUUGCUCUAGAAGAGGAUUUAACACUUCAUCUCCGCAGCCACGGCAUCCAUAGCAUGUUCAAGUGCAGCUUUUGUGAAAAGGAGUACGAGUUGUUGAACCAUCUGCGCAGUCAUCGCAGAAUCCAUUUGAAUUUGCACAUGAAGAGAAGUAAAUUUUUGUGGCCCGAGAAAAUGAACGAAACGAUCAACGUAUCCGAUGGUGUGGAGGCGAUGAAUGUGGAUCUUGAGACUUAAUUUGUUGGAUGCGUUACGAUGAUACGUAACUUACUUUGUCAAUAAAAAUGUUUUUUUU